AUGUGUUCCUUCCCAAAUUCUAUAUUUAAUUUUCUGUCUCAGCUAUCCCUGACGAGCCUUUGCGAGUCGCUCCAAAAGAAUCAUGAAUCGAUUCAAACGGAUGAUUGAUUCGCGAAUCGGACCUCACUGUCUGUAUGGCACUGAAGAAAAACUUAAGCGAAAGAUGAGACAGUUCGGGUCUGUCUUUGAGGACAGACGGUUCGACAACGUCUUGAUGCUUGGAAACUAUGCUAGGCUAUAAUAUGACCCGUUUACAUAUUCAGGGUUUUGAACAUGAACUGAAUUGUUACACGCCACGGUCGGACAAAUCGCGAACCUAAUUUCCAAGCGCGCCUGUUAUUCCUGAUAUCAUGACAUGCAGCGGUGUUAUUUUGCGCUGUGAAACGAUUAAAGUAGUGGUAUCAUCUGUUCUGAUUUUCAUUUUAACUCGUUUACAAACAGGAACGAGUGAUUUUAGGUGCAAUGCACGGACUAAUGGGAAGAAGUGCGAUUCUUCUGACGCUUUUGACUACUUUUAGCGGAUUUAUCAACUCAACAUACGGAACAUGGAAGAGCAGUUUGCAUGCGAAUCGCGUGAAUAACGUGGAGAAACCUUCCUCUCAGCCUCACAUCAUCUUCAUCAUGGUUGACGACCAAGGGUUCCGAGACGUGGGAUAUCAUGGGUCCGAGAUAAAGACUCCAACACUGGACAGACUGGCUGCAGCCGGAGUGAAACUGGAGAAUUAUUAUGUUCAGCCUCUGUGCAGCCCGUCCAGGAGCCAGCUGAUGACCGGCAGAUAUCAAAUCCACACUGGCCUCCAGCAUUCCAUCAUCCGACCGACUCAGCCGAAUUGCCUUCCCUUGGAGAACGUCACCCUUCCGCAGAAACUGAAGAAUGCUGGGUACUCUACUCAUAUGGUGGGAAAGUGGCACCUUGGGUUUUAUAAGCGAGGUUGUAUGCCUACGCAGCGUGGCUUCGACACCUUCUUUGGCUCUUUGUUGGGUACCGGCGACUACUACAACCAUUACAAAUGUGACAGCCCGGGGAUGUGUGGGUACGAUCUUCACGAGGGGGAAGAAGCUGCCUGGGAGCAGGACCAUGGCAUCUACUCCACCAUUAUGUAUACUCAAAAGGCUGUGAAAAUCCUCGAAUCUCACAAUCCGAAUCAGCCAAUCUUCCUCUACUUGGCGUACCAGGCAGUGCACUCUCCCUUACAGGUUCCUGCUCGCUACCUCGAACGCUACAAGUCCAUCCCAAACUUGCAUCGUCGUAAAUAUGCUGCGAUGGUCAGCUGCUUGGAUGAGGCUGUACGCAAUCUAACUCUUGCUCUCAAGCAGUAUGGAUAUUAUGACAACAUGGUUAUGGUGUACUCCUCAGACAAUGGAGGCCAACCAAUGGCAGGAGGCAGCAAUUGGCCACUCCGAGGCAGUAAAGGGUCUUACUGGGAGGGAGGUAUACGGGCGGUAGGGUUCGUACAUAGUCCUCUACUGAUCAAAAAGGGCACUAGAAGCAGGGCUCUCAUUCAUAUUACUGAUUGGUACCCAACACUGGUGAUGCUUGGUGAGGGAACGCUAGAUGAGGACCAGAGUCUUGAUGGCUAUGAUAUCUGGGAAGCCAUCAGUGAGGGACGUCCUUCACCUCGAUUGGAUAUUCUCCACAACAUAGACCCCAUCUACACCAAAGCCAAGAAUGGCUCCUGGAAAGCAGGCUUUGGGAUCUGGAACACGGCCAUUCGGGCGGCUCUCCGUGUCGGUGACUGGAAGCUUCUGACUGGUGUGCCAGGAUAUAGUGACUGGAUCCCACCGCAGACUUUCUCCACCCUGCUGUUGGCCAAUCGUUGGCAAAACGAGCGUGUGAGCUGGGAUCGAGGCAAGUCUAUAUGGCUCUUCAACAUCACAGCUGAUCCAUAUGAACGAGUGGAUCUUUCCCGACGAUACCCACAUGUGGUGAAGAAGAUGCUAUUCAGGCUUCUACGGUACAACAAGACAGCCGUGCCGUGCCGUUACCCCCCCAAAGAUUAUCGGUCCAAUCCUCAGUAUAAUGGGGGGGUCUGGGGCCCCUGGUACACAGAUGAUGAUGAGGAUGAAGAUGAUAACCAUCUCCAAUAUGAUUUAGAACAGAUGAAGAGUUGGAAGAAAGGAAAACGAAGAGGGAAAUUCAAAAGAAAGACCUGAGGUCUAUAGAAUUGUUGGCUUCCAUUUUGUUUGACAUUCUUGGUACCGUAAUGAACUCAGGGAUGUAGAAGUAAUGUUUCAAUUCAUGAUCUUUCUUUUCAUACUUUAAAUAUGUUAUAUCCCAGUUCAAUGUGCAGAGAACUAUGGAGUGGAAACACUGUGGGACUUUCAAAGCUUCGCUCUUCAUUGUAAAGUAUUAAGUUUGGCUCAAGACGUUUUUGGACAGGACAACUCGCGGCAGACUGGAGGAGUGGAAGAAAAGCUUUAGAUCAACUCCGUUUGGUGCCUCUAAAGCAGGGCUAUUCAAUUAGCUCCAUUCGAGGGCCAGAUUAUUCAAUCGAAAAGUUGAGGUGGGUCGGUGAGGCGGGACGUUACAUUCAAGGUAAAUGUUACGGGUGGUGAUUAGGGGAUUUAAAGUCUUCUAACUUCGCUCAUGGCACAAUGUAUUCCUCAUCAGUCGUGUUGGUGAAUGUAGAGGCGGUUUAAUCCGAUUUAAAACUAGUUAAAUCACUGAUUGAUUUGUGGUUCGUCAGAGAGGUGUGUCGUAUUGAAGCGGUUCUCACUGGAUGUCGCAACGCUGUUUAAUAGUAGCGUCCGGGAUCAAGAGUAUACGCAACUCCUUUAAUCUUGCGUUGCGCUAUCCGCUGGGCCGUUCUGCGUAGUUCAAAGAAAACAACUGAAAACAGUGUGAUUUGUCCUUUAUUUGUUGUUAAUGACCGAGAAACCGCUUCAGAUGAUUCAGUGACGGAGCGGUUUCAGAACGUUAUGCAAGUGCGCUCAUAGAUAUCCAUAAUAAAGGCUGGAUGUCUUACGGCGGAGUCUCUAUCGUCAUCACCGGCGGCCAUCUUGU